CAAAAUUAAAUUCACAAUGGACAAAAUGAAGAAGAGAGACAGCCAAUGAGAGAAUAAGAAAUUGUUGGUAACUUGGGAUAAGAAAGUUGAAUCCUAAGCCAAUUCUUGCACAUGUGAGCAAUGCAAACUAAUGCUCUGUUAAUUAGUAUUGAUGAGAUCUGAUCAUUCUGAAAGCAACAAAAUGGCAUCUCUCUGUCCCACCAGCAACUUUCCCAGUGAUCCUUUCCCGGCAGCAGCUGAGGAAAUAGCUUGCAACCAAGACCUCAUCACGCUGAUCCUCAUCCGCCUGCCUGUUAAGUCUCUUCUCCGAUUCAAAUGUGUCUCCAAGACUUGGCUCUACCUCAUCUCCAAUCCACAAUUCAGUACCCGCCAUCGCAGUCUUGCCUCUGCAGGCAUCAUCUUGUGUCAAAGUCCCGGUCUCAUUGGUCACCUGUCUCACCAUUGCAGAAAUUCUGAGCAACCCUUUACGUCUCUCAACUUCAUCGGUGACUCAGCCGGUGUUAAAGUGUUGCAGUCUAUCAAUGGCCUGGUCUUGUGCUGUAGCUAUCCCAAACGGGGGAAACGCCGCAGCUUUUAUGUCUGCAACCCUUCAACAAGGCAAUUCUUGAUGCUUCCUCCACCUAACGCGGAUGGCUGCGAUUCGUGCACAACCAUUUUCGGUGUUAAUUUGGCUUUCAAUCCCCCUAAGUCACCUCACUACCAAGUUGUCUGCGUUCAAAAUUGUUCUUCUUCAUCAACAGCAUCCGGUAAUUACCAGAUUGAGAUAUACUCAUCUGAGACUGGAACUUGGAGGCUAUCUGGCUCUCCUUUUGUUGCCACAUCUGACAUGGUGUUUGAAAAUGGGGUGCUUUGGAAUGGCACAAUUCACUGGAUUAGCCCAAAAGGGGCUACAUUAUGUUUCGAUAUCGAUCGAGAGCUCCUCCGAUCAAUGCCUAGUCCUCCAUCACAUGAGAGAUGGGACAAAAGAAGGUUCAGAUAUUUUGGUGAGUCUGGUGGUCAUUUGCACCUUGUUGAAAUUUAUGGUCCAAGCACUACUCAAUUCCAAGUCUUUGAGAUGGAGACGGAUUACUCAAGAUGGAUUCCCAAGUAUGAUAUCGACAUGGCUGCAAUCGUAGAUGAACUUCCGGGGAUGGUUAUGGAAUACCUUGAGCUCCAUGAAUAUGGUUCUCGUUUCUAUGCAUUUGUUUUGCUUUUUGUCCAAGAAAUUGAAGGGGGCCCGUUUCUGUUGCUACACAUUCCUGGUAAGUUUAUAUCUUACAAUAUUAGAGAUAGGACCUUCAAGGAGAUUUGUGGUUUUGGUCCCAAAUCCACCGAAACAAAUACUUCUGCGUUGCAGAUCGGAUGCUUUCAUGCUUAUCAGUUUGUAGAGACUCUGGCUAGUGUUUGAACAUUUCAGUAUAUUAUUUUCUAUCGUCUUAUUAUGUGUACCAUUGAGAUUAAACUCAUCUUUUGUAAUAAUUGUAUGCCUCUCAAGAUUGGGAUUCAUAAUGUAAUGAUUUUUCUAUUGAUCUUCUCAUAUUAUAAAUUGUAUAUUAUUUUCUGUAUUUGUACUAUUCCUGGAAAUCUUUUCUUAAUCUAAAAAUACGAAUUUCAU